AAGGGCGCCUGGGCGCGCGCAUUGGCUCUGGGCUGCGGCCGGCUCGGCGACGCUCUUCGGGCAGCUCACUGCAUGGUCGUCUGGUGCCCCCGCCGCCUGCAUCGCCGCCGCCGCCCCGCGACGCCCACCGCCGCCUGCCCUGCCGCCGCCGCCUGCGCCGCCUCGGGAUCGGCUGUAUGAUUAGGCCACAAUCUUCAAUGAGUAGACAUAUUCCUCAGUUCUGUGGUGUUCUCGGUCACACAUUUAUGGAGUUUCUGAAGGGCAGUGGAGAUUACUGCCAGGCACAGCACGACCUCUAUGCAGACAAGUGAACUGUAGAGAUUCAUUACUACUCCACCAAGAAGCCCCCAUAAGAGUGGAUAACCUGGACACAGGCGUGUUGAAUUGAAAUCUGCAGAGCAUUUUACAAGAGCUCAGACCUGGAUGGGGUAAACCUCAGUGCACUUCCUUUGUAUUGCCGCAGUAUUACUGGAUUGAAGAAUCACUGCUUCUUGUUAGGAGGUUCAUUUCAUCGCCCGUUUCUCCCAAUUCACACUCAAAGCACUGAGAAUUUCAAGUGGAGUGUAUUGAAUAUUGAAGUAGACUUCAGGUUUUCUGUUUUUUUGUUUUGUUUUUUGUUUUGAAUCAUUUCUGUAUUCAAUUUUUUAAUUCUUUCAUAACCCUAUUGGGUGUUUUUUUAAACUAAAUUAACAUGGCUCGAAUGAACCGCCCUGCUCCUGUGGAAGUCACAUACAAGAACAUGAGAUUUCUUAUCACACACAAUCCAACCAAUGCGACCUUAAACAAAUUUAUAGAGGAACUUAAGAAGUAUGGAGUUACCACAAUAGUAAGAGUAUGUGAAGCAACUUACGACACUACUCUUGUGGAGAAAGAAGGCAUUCGUGUUCUUGACUGGCCUUUUGAUGAUGGGGCACCACCAUCCAACCAGAUUGUUGAUGACUGGUUGAGUCUUGUGAAGAUUAAGUUUCGUGAAGAACCUGGUUGCUGUAUUGCUGUCCAUUGUGUCGCAGGCCUUGGCAGUUUUUACUUUACCAGAGCUCCGGUGCUUGUUGCCCUGGCAUUAAUUGAAGGUGGAAUGAAAUAUGAAGAUGCAGUACAAUUCAUAAGACAAAAGCGGCGCGGAGCUUUUAACAGCAAGCAACUUUUGUAUCUGGAGAAGUACCGUCCGAAAAUGCGGCUCCGCUUCAAGGAUUCCAAUGGUCAUAGAAACAACUGUUGUAUUCAAUAAAACUGGGGUGCCUGAUGCCAUUGCCUUGGGAGUGGAACUUCACACGGGACCUGAUUUGUCAUACGUAACUACCCAAUGUGUCGGCUUACCGAAUAAGUCUACUGAAGCGCCACAGGAAUAUUGAAAACCAGUUUUAUCAGGCCACAAGCUGACAGAAUUGCAACCUCUAUAUUUGGGCUAUGAUCAACAUGUUUGGACACUUAGCAAAAGAAUUUUGCUGGUCAGCAUUUAAAAUGUGCUUCUUAUUUGUAUCAAUUGACCUUUUCCUAAAAUAAGGUAUUGAGUUAUGUCAUUAAAUGUACUCCUGUGCCAGAAUACUAUUAGUCUAUAAGGAAUUUAGAAAGAUUAGGUGCCAAAAUACCCAGCACAAUACUUGUAUGUUUUUAGCAUCAUACAGAACCAAAAUUGCAGGAACUAAGAGCUCUCUAGCCCUCCCACGGUGUGUGUAUUCCUUCAGUCAUUUCAAACCUGCAGGGCUCUCUCGUCGUCUGCCUGCUCACUGUUUACCUCUCCCACACGUACACCAGAAGACAUCAGGCUUGCGUAGCCAUCCGUUGGUUUUUUGUUUUUGUUUUUUUUUUUUUAACUAAGUCUUGCGCUGAUUAUUUAAUGUAUCUCUCUUAUUUUGUGCUGUUUUGGGAAACCUCCGUUUGAAAAUCAACUUUGUUACAGAAGCACAUAUCUUCAAUAAUGUCUCCAGACAAAAAGCCUUAUAGUUAAUUUAAUGUUUGCACACGGAAGUGCAAGCUCACAGGGAGGGCCUGAAAAAGAAACGAGAGGAGGCUAUUAAAUAUUUUUAGUAAUAUGUUGCCUUUGUCUUGUGCAGAACAUAUAGAGUAUGCUUUUUAAUUUAGUAAAUAUUUUUAAGAUGUAGAGAUACAUUGUUGUAGCUAACCAAUUCUUAAUCAAAAUUUCUGAAAUUUUUGUGUUUUCCAUACCUGUCAGAAGUUUUCCAACUUGUUUGAAUUAUGGUUUUCCCCCUUUUCUUCCCAAUCUCUUGCAAAAAAGAAAAAAUGGGAUCUGCUAGUGAACUGAGCAGAAAUAUUUUAUAUGCCUUUUGAGCUAUGUAACUUAAUAAUUGGAUACUUGAUCAUUUGUUUUAUUAUGUAAUCGAUAAAAUGGUGAUGUGUAUUAAUGUUAGUUCAACCAUAUAUUUAUACUGUCUGGGAAUGUGUGGUUAUAGUUCUGUGGGAGAAAUAGUUUGUCAGUGUUCACCAGCUUGUAAAAACUUAGUUCGAGAGCUUCAACAUCUAAAUAAAUGAUGAAACGCAUUGGUCGCCGAGGUUACUUUGCUUAAAAUUUAAUUUGUAGGAAACAAUGGAUUCAGUUACUAUCAUUUCAAUUUAUGGACAAAUUUGUUAGGGUUACCAAGUGCUUUUUAUUAAAAAUUGCUCUUUUAAAGGUCUACAUAAUUGUGACUCAAUUGAAUGUUGGGCCCCAGGGAGCACCGUUGUAAUGGAUAAUGACCUUGAUUCUCGGUUCAGUUCAUCAGUCACCUGUAGCUCUGCAGUGUCCAAUCCCUUUUCACAUUUUUAAGUUCAUUACAUGCCUGUAUAUAUUUUGAAAUUAAUUUGAACCUGAGUAUUUGGCACAUGAUGACUUAAUAAAUUUUAACUUUCAAUAAUUGAAAUGUUUCAUCUUCCUAGUUCAUGCUUAUGAUAAAUGAACUGGAUUUUUUUUGAAAAUUUGAAAAAUGAUAUUCCAUCUUAACACAUAUAAGGCUUUACAUGCCUAUCCAGCACUUAAAAAGUGUUCCUUUUUACUAAAUGAUAGACUAUUACCACACAGCUCAUAAACGUGCUUAAUGGGAGAAGAAAGGUGCUGUCAUGAUUACUGAAAAUUUUGACUUAGAUUGUAUAUAUGGUGCUAGAAGUCACUUUGCAUUAUAAAUUUACCUGUAUGUUAUAAACUGAGAUUUCCUUUAUAUUUUCUAUCUGUGAAUACAAUAUCUUGCAAUAACAUCCAAGAGAUAACUUGGGUCUAAUAAGACUUUAAAGACUUAUAAGCUGCAUUCUUAAAUGCAAGUUGGCUGUUAAGUUUGCUUAGUAGGAGGUUGGAGUGUAGCUCAGUGAAUAAAUGCUUGCCUAGUACACAGGAAGCCCCAAAUUUUAAUUCCCAGUGUCAGAUAAAUCAUGCAUGGUGGUAUGCAGGUAUUAGAAAUCCAAGGUCAUCCUCAGCUAUAUAAUUUAGCUAGCCUGGUCUACAUGAAAUGCUCUGUCUAAAUAUGUCCUAUGCCUGCUUGAGCUGGGACACUUUUGGUAGAUAAUAUAGCGACUGCUUGCUCUGGCUUCUGAAUUAGGAUCAUGAUGUUACUGAAGCAAGUGAUGGGAUUACUCAUUCAGGAGAAGAUGCCCUCUCCAUUUAGAGGUACGCCAAAAUAGAUGCCAGGGGGCAUUUUGCAGUACCCAGCAAUCAUUGUGCCCACUGAUAACUGAGGUCAGAGCUUCCCUCUACACUCUGCCGGCCAAGUAAUCACACUACACGUGGUCAAGUUCCACAUGCUGUAAGUGAUAACUGGUCCCAUAGCUGUAAUCUCAGUCGUGGGAUCUGUUGUGUUAGUCAUCUGGCAAAUAUCCAUUCCUGGUGUUUAUGAGUACUGCAAAGGGUUUAGAAUCUGGUGCCAGGUUCUGUUCAAUAAUUAUCCCACUCCUUACCAGAAACAUUUUUUUUUUUUGUAUUGAAGUUUCAGGAAAUGUUAUUUGGUGAGAAUACUUCAAAUGGAAGUGACUUGGUUUCUUAAUUUAUAAGUGAAAAGUUAAAAUACACAAAUUAGUAUCUGCUGUACACAUUUAUACCCCACACUCUUGAGUCCUUGAAUUAUUUCCAUGUGCAUGUGUCUCCAUCUCUAACUCAUGGAUUGGAAAUUAAAGACUGCUUUAAAAGUA